AGACAGAGUUGGUACCAUUGGAAAUACGGCGAUGAAGCGUGCGUGGGGAUUGCCUUAUUGGGGAAGAGAACCUGACGGGGCAUGGACACGUAACAGCCGCGCAAUCAUUAAUAGGAAAAAUCAAUCUUAAUUUUGUUUUUCACACUUUGCGGGUUUUAAUUUUCAAACAUUCAUUCUGUGUGGUUUUUUAAUUUAAGGCUUAUUAAGGGAGGAAAAAAAGUUGCCGUUAUCAAAUGGUUAUAACAGAGACUGCAACAAAGAUAAACAUUCAUUUAUUAUGUUAGUGAUCAGUGAUUAGUGAUUUGGUAUCAUCUCUCUCUCUCUCUUCGUGUUCGUCAAUCAUCAACCCCCACUGCUUUUGCUGCCAUUUAUUAUCUUCAACCUCCUCUCAUUUUCUAGAAUUGCUUUUGCAUUACUACAAAAUAGCGGCUUUUGGAAAACUGGUCCUAUUUGCUUUGUGGUUUGAGGCCACACUCUCAACGCAUCUUUCUGUCUUCCUACCCCAAAAUGCGUUUUACUCGCCAAUUCAAUGUACGUCAUUCAGAUUCGCUUCUUCCUCCUCCUUUUCUGCAUUUCUCAGAUUUGUAACCUGCCCACAACAUUAACACAAACUGGGUUUGUUUUACUGCCGAAAAAUUUGUGUUUUGGGUUGAAAUUUCUCUGCUCUUUGAUCUUAUCAGUGCCCUAUAGGAUAGAAUCUGCAUGAGAAAGCGACCAAGCUGUGGCUCCUUGGCGACACCAAUUAUUGCAGUGGUUGUGAGUUUGGGGUUUGAGUAAAGAUGGUGGCCACCAGAAAUAUUGUGUUGUUGUUGCUUUGUAUCACUGUUGUUGCUCCGAUUGUGCUCUACACUGAUCGUCUUGGCACCUUUAAGUACCCCUCCGCUGAGCAAGAGUUUAUUGAAGAUGUAACUGCUCUUGCUGUUAGUGCGGCAGACUCUGGUCAUUUAAAUCUGCUACCACAGGAAACUUCUACGGUCCUUAAGGAACCUGUUGGUGUUGUAUAUUCAGAGGACCCGACAAACACAGAGAAUCUGCCUCAAGGGGAGCAUGUAUCUGCCAGGGUAUUGUCAGCUACAAAUGAGGAAGGAGUAACUAAAGGGAAGAACCCCAUCAAACUGGUGACGGAUGGAAUUGAGCAAGGAAAUCAAAGCAGCCACCCAGAGAAAGUUGAAAUUAGUGGUGAUAGUGUAAAUGGGGAAGAUGCUAUUGAUGUUGAUGACCAUGAUGUGAAACUUGCUAAACUAUCUCAUGCUUCUGGUCAAGCAUCUGAAACUUUGGUCACUAGGCAGGAACAACAACAUACUGAAUCUUCUGGCAAAGUAAAUACGAAAGGGCCUGUACUAUCAGUAACCGAUAAGCAUUAUGACCAAACACCAUUUGAUGCUAGGGUACGGCAACUAAAAGAUCAGCUCAUCCAGGCUAAGGUAUUUCUUUCCCUUCAGGCAGUAAAGAAUAAUCCCCACCUCACUCGAGAGCUUCGAUUACGGGUAAAGGAAGUUUUGCGAACACUAGGAGACGCUAGUAAAGAUUCUGACUUGCCUAAGAAUGCGAACGAGAGAAUAAAGGCAAUGGAGCAAACAUUGAUGAAAGGAAGGCAAAUUCAAGAUGAUUGUGCUGCUGCUGUGAAGAAGCUUAGGGCUAUGCUCCACUCAACAGAGGAGCAGCUUCGUGUGCACAAGAAGCAGACCUUGUUCUUAACACAGUUGACAGCAAAAACAUUGCCUAAAGGUCUCCACUGUCUUCCAUUGCGCCUUACAACUGAGUAUUAUAACUUGAAUACUUCUCAACAACAAUUCCCGAACCAGGAGAAGUUAGAGGACCCCCGACUAUAUCAUUAUGCAAUAUUCUCAGAUAACAUUUUGGCAACAGCUGUUGUUGUGAAUUCUACUGCUGCCCAUGCCAAGGACCCCUCAAAGCAUGUUUUCCACAUUGUCACUGAUAGGCUCAAUUAUGCAGCAAUGAGGAUGUGGUUUUUGGUGAAUCCACCAGGAAAGGCAACCAUUCAAGUUCAGAACAUUGAAGACUUUACGUGGUUGAAUUCAAGUUACAGUCCAGUUCUUAAACAGUUGGGUUCUCCAUCUAUGAUAGAUUAUUACUUUAAGACUCAUCGGGCAACUUCUGAUUCAAACUUAAAGUUUCGGAAUCCAAAGUAUUUAUCUAUAUUGAACCACCUUCGUUUCUACCUGCCUGAGGUCUUUCCAAAGCUCAACAAAGUACUGUUCUUGGAUGAUGAUAUAGUUGUGCAGAAGGAUCUAACUGGUCUUUGGUCAAUUAAUUUGAAGGGAAACGUAAAUGGUGCCGUAGAAACUUGUGGAGAAAGUUUCCAUCGUUUUGAUCGCUAUCUCAACUUCUCAAAUCCUGUUAUUGCAAAGAAUUUUGACCCUCGUGCAUGUGGAUGGGCAUAUGGUAUGAAUGUUUUUGAUUUGAUCGAAUGGAAGAGGCAAAACAUUACAGAGGUGUACCACAACUGGCAGAAGCUGAAUCAUGAUAGACAACUAUGGAAGUUAGGAACACUGCCGCCUGGUCUUAUAACAUUCUGGAAGCGCACUUUCCCAUUAAACCGAUCUUGGCAUGUCUUGGGCCUUGGCUACAACCCCAAUAUCAACCAAAAAGAUAUUGAACGGGCUGCUGUUAUACACUACAAUGGAAACAUGAAACCGUGGCUUGAGAUAAGUAUUCCCAAGUUCCGAGGUUAUUGGACAAAGUAUGUUGACUAUGAUCUUGUGUAUUUGCGAGAAUGCAACAUCAAUCCAUAGAUGGAUCUCAUGGUAUGUUUAAUCUUGGAAGUUUUCUUGGUACUAGAUAUGGUACAAUUCACCUUAUAGGUCUACAAUUCCAUCUGUGUAGGGCUUCUAUUUUUUAAAGCUUUAUGAUUCUUUCUGUACACAUUUUUCCUGUUUUGCAUCAGUCAUUUUUGGAUUUUGGCAUGCAAAAAGAUCCACAGCCAAGAUUAGGGUAUCUAUUUGCGACCUUUGACCGCAUACCUGCUGAGAUGCAAUCUGUACUUGUAAAUGAAAUGUGUCUAGAGUUUUUUCCUCUGGUUGUGUUUUUUAUAUAUUUAAUAGCAUCCAACAUGUAUAAC